GCCUGUGUAAUAGGUCUGUGCAUUAUGUGGCUGCGCUUUUGGGCUUGACGUGGAACACAUCGGUAAAAUAGUUCACGUGGACCGAUCACGUACCGUGACGUACGUGCAUUUCAUGCGGGGAGAUCGCCCUGGAUGCUCCCGUUGAAUGAAAACAAAAUCACGGUGCGUGCAGCUGCGAGCGGGUAUAUAUGCAAACCGGUUGUACACAGUUGUUGACACUUGGACCUGCCCUGUUUUUUUCUAUCCCGGUUAUUGUGCUUUGCGGAAGUAUUGAAACUUGAUCGUUCUGCUGCUGGCGAACCAUCAUCACAGUUUGUGCAUAUUAUAUAAAAACAAGAAGCCCAAAAGUUCAAAAUGGCCGGCAGUGGACCUGGCCUGGGACCCAAGAUGUCCAACUCGGUGGAGCUGCGAUUUGCCUGCAAGCACCUGCCUGACAAAGACAUCACGUCCAAGUCGGAUCCUGUGGCUGUCUUGAUGGUGUUUGACACCCUGCAGAAAGUCUGGGUCGAGGUCGACAGGACGGAGCAAGUCAAGAACAACCUGAACCCUACCUUCUCCAAGGGCAUCGUCAUGGAUUACUGCUUUGAGGAAGUCCAGAAGGUGCGCAUAGGGGUCUACGAUAUCGACAACAAGAGCAAAUCCCUCACGGACGAUGACUUCCUUGGCGCCUUCGAGUGUACUCUGGGAAUGGUUGUUUCCAGCAAAAAGUUAGAAAAACCUCUUCUGUAUAAUAACGGUAAACAAGCAGGAAAGGCAACGUUAACAGUUACUGCUGAAGAAAUAGCUGAGAACAAUGAUGCACUUAUUCUGUCUUUCAGAGCGAACAACCUGGAUAAAAAGGAUAUGAUGGGUAAAUCCGAUCCCUUCCUGGAGUUCUACAAAGCUGGACAGGGUCCCGAGGAGUGGCACAAAGUUCAUGUUACAGAGGUGAUCAAGAACACGCUAAAUCCAACUUGGAAGCCGUUUAAGAUAUCGUUGCGGACCCUGUGCAACGCCGACUACGACAAGAAACUUAAGGUUGUCUGCAAGGACCACGACUUUGAUGGGGGUCACGACCUCGUGGGUAUCUUCUUCACGACGGCGCGGGAAAUCCGCUCGGCUUGCAAAAGUCAGGUAGAAUGGGAAUGCAUUAAUCCAAAGAAGAAACUCAAGAAAAAGAACUACCACAACUCCGGAACCGUGUUCCUCACAAAAUGCGAGGUUAAGAGACAAUACACCUUCCUGGACUACAUUUUUGGUGGUUGCCAAAUCAACUUCACAGUUGGUAUAGACUUCACAGGAUCCAAUGGUGAUCCACAAGAGCCGGUGUCACUCCAUUACAUUGAUGCCGCAGCGCCUAACGAAUACACAAAGGCCAUAGUAGCUGUGGGUGACGUCAUACAGGACUACGAUAGUGAUAAAAUGUUUCCUGCCUUGGGCUUCGGUGCCAAGAUUCCACCAAACCAACAAGUGUCCCAUGAGUUUGCCAUCAACUUUGAUCUCUCCAACCCGUACUGCGCAGGUGUCGGAGGUAUAGUAGCCGCUUACCAGAACUGUCUGCGACAGAUCACGCUGUGGGGACCAACCAACGUAGCGCCAAUCAUCACCCACGUUGCCAAGUUCGCAAAAGUAGCUAAUCAGGAUAAAAAAGCAUCGCAAUAUUUCAUACUCCUCUUACUCACGGAUGGCGUCAUCACCGAUAUGUACGAGACGCGGGAUGCCAUCGUGGCCGCUUCCAAGCUCCCCAUGUCCAUCAUCAUCGUCGGGGUCGGUAACGCCGACUUCUCCGACAUGCGCAUGUUGGACGGGGACGACGGGGUGUUGCGAUCGCCCAGCGGGGAACCGGUCUGCAGAGAUAUCGUGCAGUUUGUACCAUUCAGGGACUUCAAGCAGGCCUCACCGGCAAAGUUGACCAAGUGCGUCCUAGCCGAGGUACCCAAGCAGGUCGUGGAGUACUUUGAAAUGAAGGAGCUGCAACCUCCCACGAUCCCCCGUUAGUAGAGCGCCCCCUCUUGUCCGCACUCUGUUUCUGUACUUCUCAUUUUUUCUUCUUUUCCAUGCUAAGCAUGAUGUUAACCUAGAUGUAGUCAACACUUGAACAAUAGUUGUACAAUUAACAACGUAACAGUCUCCAGUACUAUAUAUGUAAUUUUAAAUUCAACACAAAACAAUAUGGAUCAGUGGCAUUGUACAGUAUACCAAUUUUUUAUUCACCUCAUAUUUGGGGGGGGGGGGGAAGGGACAGUUUAGCACUGGUGGGCACACCAAACUAUAGAGCUUAACCACUUCGCACCGGGAUUAUUUUUGCCGAAAGUUCGAUUUUCGCAAAAGGCAAAAUUUUCCAGCAAACUUCUGAUAUACAGCCAAACACCACAGAUACUGAUUCGCAAGAGUCAUUUCAACAGUAUUUGUACCAUAUUUCUUGCCGAAACCUCAUGUUUCAAAACUCCAAUACAACGGAGCGUAAAUUGUAGAACAAUAGGCCGUGCACAAAGGCCAACUCAAGAUCGACACACGAUCUGCCUCCACAGACUUUACAGACUUUGUGUUUGUGUGUACAAAAGACACGAGGGAUUAGCGUGUUUAGACGUCACCCGGAGGCGAGGCGAGGCACGCUUGACGUUUUAACCCGUCAGCCGUGUGUACAAAAACAGCCAGUGCGUGUUAACACUGCCAGCGCUUGUUAACGCUUUACAAUGGAAUGUUUACGACAUGCCACCACUAUGUGCGCGUAUCUAGCCGUACUUAGAUUUAGCUUGUACAUGUAACUAAACCAAUGUACUUGUAGAUAUUAAAUUUGCUGAAUUUUUUGGUAUGGACUUUUGGAAUAUCAGACUAGUUUUUUUGUUCCGCUCAGUGACAGGAUUUGUAGCACACAUUGCAGAUAACCAAUUUUUUAAAUUUUGCAAACUUUGAUAUAUUGUACGCACACACUGUAGUGACACAUGAAUCUUUCUCCUGCACACUAGUAAUGUAGUAGUUUUCUUCUUUUUUUAAUAAAAGAAACUAUUUGUUAAUGCA